AUGUGGUCCAACAAACACGGCGAGUCGCAGGGUCUGUUCCCUGGUCGCAAGACACUCGGCCCGCUGCUCCUCAUGACGGCCACACCCGUGGCCGCCACGCUCAUCACGCACGUGUUUGUGACUCACGGCGGCUCACUCAGCUCCUUCCUCGCGUCGGGCAAGUCGCUGGCCGAGAUCUGGCCGACACCCUGGGACCCGACGGCCUGGAAACUCAUCGGUAGCUUCAUGGCCACGCAGCUUGUGCUAAUGCGCGUAGUGCCGGGCCGACCGUCGUACGGACCUGUGACUCCAGGCGGUAAUGUACCCGAGUACAAGGCCAACGGCUUCCAGUGCUUUGUACUGAGUCUGGCCUUAUUCCUAUCGGGUGCAUUCGUCUUUGACCUGUACCCAGGAGGAAUCGUGUACGACUAUAUGCCGGAGAUUAUCUCGGCGCUCAACGUCUUCAGCUUCAUCUUUUGUCUCUUCCUGUACGUCAAAGGAGCCUUCCUGUGGCAGUCCUCAAGUGACUGCGGGACGUCGGGCAACCCCAUCUUCGACUUCUAUUGGGGCACGGAGCUGUACCCGCGUGUACUGGGCUGGGACGUCAAGCUCUUCACGAACUGUCGCUGCGGCCUCAUGUUCUGGGCCGUGGGCGUGCUCUCCUAUGCGUGCAAACAACGAGAGCUGUACGGAUACCUAAGUGACUCCAUGGCCGUGAGUGUUGCGUUACAGCUCGUGUACGUGGCCAAGUUCUUCUGGUGGGAGGCCGGCUACAUGUGCAGCAUCGACAUCAUGCACGACCGCGCGGGCUACUAUCUUUGCUGGGGUUGUCUAGUAUGGGUGCCGUCGGUCUACACCUCACCGGCCAUGUACCUCGUACAGAACCCCAUCAACUUGGGGACACCGUUGGCUCUAGCCAUCUUCGUCACGGGCGUUCUCAUGGUUGGGAUCAACUACGACGCCGACCGCCAGCGUCAGAGCUUCCGUGCGGCAAGUGGCAAGACGAACGUAUGGGGACGCCCGGCCGAGUUUAUUGUGGCCCGGUACGAGACUGAACAAGGUGAGAAGAAGAAGAGUCUGCUGCUCGCAUCUGGCUGGUGGGGACUGUCGCGCCACUUCCACUACGUACCCGAAGUGUUGGCCGCCGUCUGCUGGACGAUCCCAGCGCUUGCUUCAAGUCCGGCUCCGUACUUCUACUCGAUCUUCCUCGCCAUCUUGCUCACGGAUCGAGCUUACCGUGAUGACGCCCGUUGCGCGCACAAAUAUCGCCAGGACUGGAAGAAAUACUGCGAGCGUGUGCCCUCACUCAUCCUGCCAAAUAUCCUGUAG